ACGUCCCGUUAUCGUGUAACAAGCUUUAAGUAACCAACCACCAGAAACAAGUAGUAACGAUGAAAAAAAUUAUUAAACAAGAACUUAAUAAUUGCAGGUUUACACUAAAAAGACAACUCUGAUGAUAAAAUGAGCGACCAAUCAACCAUAAAACUAACCGUGUCUGAAUACAUACAGCGUUUAAGCAAAGAAUUAAAUAUUGAAGGAACCAAAGGACUUUUUGGCAAUGAACUCGAACUAAUUGCGUUAGUUCGAAAUUGUCAAUUUUUGUACAAUAAAACCCUUCCAGACUUUAAAAAUAUACAGAAGAAGAACGAAGCAUGGGAAGCAAUAGCUUCGGUGUUUGGUGUUUCAGUCGGUGAAGUGCAGCAACGAUGGAAGGGUAUGAGGGAUUUAUUUAGUAAACAUAAAAAUAAAACUGAGGGAAAUGGACCCGUCAACAAAAGCGUUGUUUGUCCGUACUAUGAUGAUAUGAAAUUUCUUGAACCUUAUAUUGUUGGAAGACGAACGAGACUAGUGGGAGUAACUUCAACCAUAUCUGACCAACUAAAUAGUGACGAGGACUCUAUUAAAGAGAAAGAACUGUCUCCAUCAUUUGAUGAUUUAAAACAAUUUAUCAUGCGCAUUAAAAGCACGCCACUUUUGUACCACCAUAAGUAUUCAGGAGGGUCUUUUGGCAAACAGAAAAUAGAUGCUUGGUUAGAAAUAGCAAACACUUUUGGAGUACCUGUAAAAGAAUGUUUAGCGAGGUGGAGGACCCUUCGAGAGCGAUAUUCUAGAGAAAGAAGAACACAAAAAUCCGGUGUAUCUGUCAAAAAAUGGGAACUAUACGAUGAGUUGUCAUUUUUAGACCAGCAUGUGAAAGCCAGAAGAAGGUACACAAGAAUGGUUCCCACCAACCCUUCUUCCGCAGAGCAGAGUGUAUGCUACGUCAUCACGUCUCCCAACUCAUCCUCACUUGCACUAGACUCCUCUAGUUUUUUAAGUGAAAUGUCGUCCACCAAAAAAGAGGUUCCGAUUGAAGACGUGGAGUUCUUUGACGUUUCCAGUGAUAUAACUUCGUCGCCAGCUCCUCUAUUCAAUGAAGAAAAUAAUUUGUCUGAAAUCAGCAUUUCAGAGAACGCAACCAACGGACAAAGCGAAAGCGCACAAAGUAGAAUAAUUCCAGACGAAGACGAUCUAUUUGGACAAAGCAUUGCAGCAGAACUUAAAAAAUUACCGUGUCCUCGGAAAAAAAUUAAACUAAAAGCUGAAAUUUAUAGACUUCUUUAUGAGCACACCUGUGAAUAAUUUCAGUUUAUACCGUGAUUUGUUGUGUAAAUAUAAUGUUUGUAAAA